CCCUCCGUUACCUGCUCAGCCGCCUCCCCGCGGCCGGUUCGGGCCCGGUGCCUCCGGGCCGCCUCGGAUCCGCAAAAUGGCGACAGGAAGGGCCGGGCUGGGGGCGUGCGAGACAAGACACCGCGGCAUCUCCCGGCUUGGGCAGCACCGGCAGCACCGAGCAGAGCCGAGGGGAGCGGGCAGACCGCAGGGCAAAGCGAGGACGGCUUCCGUGCCUUCCUCCGCCAUGCAUGCGGGCAUGCAUAAAGCCGGCUGCUCAAUAAAGCAGAAGCCUUGUUUUUUUUCUUUUUAAAAUCUUAGAGCACGAUAUUAACGCUUUACUGUAUUUAAAAUGUCCUGGGCUUUGAAAUUACUACUUGGCUCUGGGAGUUAUUCGCAUUUCUGAAACUUGGAGAUCUCUAAGGAACAUGAAUAUUACUCAUCUAUGAUUAUGAGCACUGCUGGGUGCUUCCCGUGCAUUCACAUGUAACGACUUACACAAAGUGUCCUGCUAAAAGCAGCUCAUGGCUGUGGUGCAGUUGCUUGCUACUGAAAUGCACUAAUCCUUAGGGCAGCUGCAGCAAUCAGUGUGUCUGCCUGAGCUGAUGGCAGAACCGGGCUCAGGUGUGGAAGGAGAAUACACACGAAGGGAGUGUCAGAGCACACGGGCAGUGCUGUUGGGAUCACAGCAGGCGUUGGAGGAAAGCGUUGUGCUGGGCUGAAGUGCUUUGCAUCUGCCAAAUCUAACAGAGAUGGAUGAGAUCAGCCUUGCUCCAGUUCUAACACAGGAGCCUCCCGUGCACAUGGGCAGCGUGCACACUCACUGUCACCUUUUGUUUGCAAAGUCAGCGAUGCCAUUUUGAUGACUGCCUUGUUGGCUCGCUCUGUGCAUAUAUUCUUCGAUACAGCUAAAAGCCGUGACGGGCAGCAGUCGGAGCUCCAUUAUCCUGUACGUCCGUGCAGCAUCAGGUCACGGUGGCUGUUUGUUUUCCUGCCCCGGCUUCCUCACCCCGCGGACUCGACUCUUACCCCCCGCCGGCCGUUGGGCUGGUGCAGCCGUUGGAGGCCUCUGAGGCGCUGCCUCCUGGCGGCGAGGCCGAGAGCGGCGGGACGCACCUCGGAGCAUCGUUCGUCGUUUGCAGCCUGGUCUUUGUAACAGCGUAUUUCAGUAUUUAACCUCCGGAACGCGAUUCCUCUUGCCUGUGUUCAUUCCCCCUGACGAGGCUCAUUUUGAUGAUGGAUAAACAAGCAGCUGCUAAACUAUCUACUGCUUUUACUUCGGAUGCUGUCGGGGGAUGCAGGAAGAGGGACAGAGCGUUACAAACUGCAAAACUGAAUGCUUCCCUGGCAUCCAAAAUCAAAUCUAAAUUAAUAAAUAAUUCAUCAAUGUCGAAAGUAUCUUUAAAACAAAAUAAUAAAGCGUUAGCUCUGGCUUUGAGUGUGGAGAAAGAAAGUUCUCGGAAGCUGAAGAAUGAGAAGAUUUUACUUCAGAAAGAAGUAGAAAAGCUGCAGCUUCAUAAUAUCCUGCUUCGUCAAAAGCUGAGCUGUUUGAAUAAAACUCUUAGAGAAAUAGGAGCAUUUUUGAGUGAUAACCUCUUAACGGCAAUAGAAAUAAGUGGUCUUUCUGAGAAUCUUCAGAACUCUUUUCCUCUGUCAGACAGCCCAAGUAGCUGUACUGAUGACCAAUUGAAGAGUACAUGCCAGUCACCAAGAUCUGUAGAAUUGCCAGUGAAGCUUGAUCUACUUGCAACAUCUGCUGGAAAACAGCAAGAAAAUCAGUUUUGCACGGAAUUAAGCAGUGAUAGUGCGUUCCCACCUGUGAAACAGUCUGAGGAGUUUACAAGACAAGAUGAUGGUUUGUUGCCAUUCUGUGAAAAUGUGACUGAAAGGAAGAAAUAUGCAACACAUUAUGGAUCAAAACCACAGCUUAAUAUAAAGGAUUUCGAUAAAAAAUGUAGCUCAAAUCUGCCUCAUCAUGGUAGCAACAGCAGUGAGGUGAAGGAAAGACCAAGUGACUUGUCUCACGUUGUUCCUUCUCAACUUGAUUUUGGCAGUGAAUAUAAGGAGAUGCUUCCUAUUGAUGGGAUUAAAUCUGAAGAAACUGUUUAUGAUGCUGAUAUGGAGUUGACUGCCAGUGAUGCAGGUGAAUUGCUCACAGUUGCAUCAAAAGACAAAUUACAUAAAAGAAAUAAUGCCAGUUCUGAUAAAGUACUGGCAAAUUUUAGAAAAGUGAAAUAUUCUAGAAGUGAGAAAGAGAAAAUCAGAAACAAGACUGAAGUCAGUUCAAAUUGUUAUGCAGAAGAAAAGCACACUGGGACUGACAAUAACAACAUUUCAAAAACUACUGACCCACGAACUCAGCUAUUGCAAAGUCAGACACAACAGCUACCUACACAGAAUUCUACAGAGAAACAGAAUUUACUGAAUACCAGUGACUGUAAUCAAGACCAGAAUUGUCUAAAUAAGGAUAAAGAUACUAGAAGAACAUAUUUAGUUAGCCUAGUGCAUCAAAAACAAGAACAAGAAGCAAAUGAAGAAAAUUCCUCAGAAACUUUGGAAGAUGGGGAAAACAAAAUAAUAAAAGCAUACUCAAGCUUAUCUAGUAGUGAGAUCCCACGUCAAGUUUGUUGUGCUGAAAGCCUGGCAUUCCAGGAUAACAGCUCUACUGUACCACCUCUACACCAGGACUUUCUACAUGAAAAUGAGAAUGGUGUCAGACUGCUAAGAAAUAGGAGAACCCUUCAAAACCCUUCAAAAAUGAACACAGCCAAAUACUGUGAAGUUGAUAAUGGGUAUGAAGAAUAUGGUUCAAAAAAAUCUCAAACAGAUGGGUGCCAGUGUGACAGCAAGAGAAAAGAAGACCAGAAGAAUAUUAUAAAGGGUAAAUGCAAUAAAAAAGGUAGUUACAGACAAAGAGAAGCUGAAAUUGACAGUGUUAAUAAAAAUAUUCAAAAAGUAGAUCAAAAGAGUGGUAAUUUUUCAGCUGGCAGAUUAAAACAUACAUUGGCAAAGGCUGCCCGUAAAUCAUAUGUGAUACCAACUACAGAUCUUACUACGUUCUCACUUUGCAAAAGUGAGGAAUUAAAAAAUAAGGAUGCACUGCACACACUGGCUGUUUGUGGAAAUAAAGAAACUGAAACUCAGCAGUCUCAAGGAGCUUUAGUUGCUCAGAAUGAUAUGGCUGUGAACAUACCUCAAGCUAAAGCCUCCACAAAAAAUGCUGGUAGCAAUGCUGUUACAUUAAAGAGGGUAGGUUCCUCAAAAGCAGCACGUGAAGAAUCUAGCAUUAGUAAUUCUUGUGACAAUCAGGUAAAAGAAAGAGGGAGCCUCAGUUCUGGUAAUAUGGAGAGUAGAAAAAAGAAGAAUUAUUUCAGACAUAUUGAUCAGGGACAGCUGAAUUUUUUGGAUGACCAGGAAGUCUCUCAUGAGAUGGAUCCCUUCAUGAACAAGUCAAAACCCAUGAUGCAAAAAUUAGAAAUUUUAGAAUCCUUACCUGUUGAUUGUUCUAAGAAUAAGACAGUGAGUGCAGGCAGCUUUUUCCAGAGAGGUUUUUCUGAAAAGGAGCCCACAGCUCUUGAUAACCUUAAUGCUUCCAUGAACUCUAUUCUGAAACAUUCAGAAAUUUCUGGGAAAACCAAUCAAGACAAAGAACUGGAUUCUGGAAAAGCAAAGCAAAAAUCAGAUCAUAUUUAUAAAGAGAUUUGUGAAAACACUUUGACACGUCAUCAUGGGAGCACAGCUUUGCAAGAUGUGACAAAUACUAGUGAGUUUUCUCACACUUCUUUACCUAAAUCCUCCCAGAUAUUGGAAGAAAACUCAGCAGAACCAGUUAGACGAGGAAGAGCUUCUAUAUGUUACAAAGAACCCUCCCUAAGCCGAAAAUUAAGACGUGGGGAUCAGUUUACAGAUACACAGUUUCUGCAUUCCCCAGUCUAUAAAGUGAAAAAGAAACGAAGCUUUAAAAGUAAAUCAAAGCUUAUAUGAAGAAGACAAGAGAAUUGCCUUCAUGAUCAGUACUUCUGAAAUGGUUAUGCACUCUUGAAACCUCCACAGACUGAGCAGCUCUUCAGUAAGCUGGACCUUUGAUCAAAGCUGGUAACCUUUUAUAUGUAACUGUUAUUUUUGUAAAGUUUACAAAACAAACAAACAAAAAUCAUUACUCUUUGUACUUCAUUGUAGCUUUUGUAGCAUUGUAACCUGGGUAAGUGAGAAAAUCCUGGUUUCUGUCUGCUUGAAAGACAAGGUGUUUGAGAAUAUUUAGUGUGGAUAUAUGAAGGGAAGAUCAUACCUGAUUGGCCUGAUAAUCUUCUGCAAUGAGUUGAUUAAUUUGGUGAGUGAGGGAGGGAACAGCAGUGGAUGUUUUUUACCUCAACUUCAGUAAGGCUCUUGGCAGGAUUCUCAGGAGUCUUUUUCUUUCUGAAAUGUACUGUGCAUCUUGCUACGUUGGCAAAAUCAUUAUGAAGAGGUGUGGCAAUGGAUGGAAACAUAGAUUCUAUCCUGAUCCAAUAUUAGUAAAGAAAGAAUUGUAUACACUGCUAUACACUUCUCUGUGUAUCAACAUCUCUAGUUGCAUCAUUAGAAAUCCAAAAGAAGAGUCUGUUACAACUUGUAUUUCCUGUGCUGGCACUGCAGCAACAAAACACAGUGAUUCCAUUUGUUUGUUUGUUCUAAUUGGUUAUUUCUCUCUAUUGCCUAUGGUUUGAAAACUAGAAACAGAACUCCAGAUGUCUCUUGGAGGUAGUCUCAGUUAUUUUUUUAGUGAAGGUCCCGCUGUUCAGCACUGCUUUCUUUUCUGCAAGAUAGGCUGCUGUUGUGUUUCAUGCAGUUUUAAACCAAACUGUAAGCCCUGGGUUUUAUGCCUUACCUUCUUCAACUUGUGUUCGUAUGGAUAUCUUUCAGAGGAAGAAAGGGUAAAGAAAGUGACCAGAAAGAGGGGAGAAGUUACUUUAUGUACCUCUGAAAUCCCACCACUGUUAUUACAGCACUUUUCAUUGUUUUCCAUCUUUAGUUUUGUUGCUCUAGCUGCUCAAGCUGAUGCUACAUACAGAGAUAACAUUUACUCUGUAUGAUGUAGUUAUUUUACUUAUUCUACAAAAUGACCACUCUAGGCACUGCAUAAGUAAUGCUGGAUUACCUGCUGAAUCUUCACUAAAUGUGAUUUGUUUUGUUCAGCUUUUUUACCAGAUCCGCUGGUAGAUUAGAAGCUCUUGCAAGGAAAAACUGAUGUAAAAAAGAGCUCAGAAUAUUCCAGAUAAAACUACAUCUGUGGCUGUCACUGGGAUUUU